AUGGCAUCUAAAUCUUCUGCCUUUGAUUUAUCGACAUGCGCCCGCUCGAACAUUCUCCAGCUGCAGCCGUACCGCUGUGCAAGAGAUGACUACAAGGACGAUGGGACGAAUAUAUUACUCGAUGCCAAUGAGAAUGCCUACGGGCCCGGCCUCGCGUUGAACAGCGACGGCGGGAUGGGGUCUUCAGGGCCGACGAUUGAUUUCUUGGGACUGAACAGAUACCCGGAUCCUCACCAAAUAGAGCUUAAGCAGCUGUUCUGCAAUCUUCGAAACACGAAAGUGCACACACAGAAAGACCUACGACCGGAGAACCUGUUUGUUGGGGUGGGAUCGGAUGAGGCGAUCGAUGUGAUACUCCGGUGUUUCUGCAGGCCGGGGAAGGAUAAGAUCCUGACCUGCCCGCCGACAUACGGGAUGUACGGGGUCAGCGCGCAGGUGAACGACUUGGAGAUCGUCAAGGUACCGUUGGACGCGGCGAAUGGGUUCGCGCUGCAGCCGGAGAAGAUCAACGAGGCGUUGGCGGCGGACAGCUCGAUCAAGGUGACGUACAUCUGCUCACCGGGGAACCCGACGGCGAAUCUGAUCCGCAAGGAGGACAUUCAAAAGGUGCUGGAGCACCCGACGUGGAACGGGGUGGUCGUGGUGGACGAGGCAUACAUUGACUUUGCGCCGGAGGGAUCCAGUCUGGCGGAGUGGGUGACCGAGUGGCCCAACCUGGUGGUCAUGCAGACGCUAAGCAAGGCGUUUGGCCUGGCGGGCAUCCGGCUCGGGGUCGCGUUCACGAGCGCUCCGAUCGCUACGUUAUUCAACAGCCUCAAGGCCCCCUACAACAUCUCUAGCCCGACUAGCGUGCUAGCCACGGCCGCCCUCUCCCCAGACAACAUGGCCGUCAUGCGGCGGUACCGCGAGCAGAUCAUCGCGCAGCGCGACCGUGUGCUAGCCGAGUUGCCGCAGAUCCCCGGCAUCGGUCGCUUCCUCGGCGGUCAGGCGUCCAACUUCCUGCUGGUCGAGAUCCUCGACAAGCCGGCCAGCGAAGGUGGCAAGCCCUGCAACGUGACUGCGCAGGCGGCAUACGAAGCGCUGGCCGAGAAGCGCGGCGUUGUCGUCCGCUUCCGCGGCAAGGAACUUGGCUGCGAGGGUUGUCUGCGUAUCACCAUCGGCACGGAGGAUGAGGUUACUCGGUUCUUGCGUGAGCUGCGUGUCGUCUUACAGCGACUGCACGCCGGGGUCGCUGUCGAGUCCGCCAAGGCCGAGUAGGAUAAGGGAGCAACAGGCCAGCCAAGUGAUUGGCUGAGAGCGAGAUCACUCUAUGGCUUCACUAGACCUACCUGUAGGUAGGAGGUAGAUAACUACAGGGAUAGGUAGCAGGUCCUUCUCUGUCCAGAAUACUAGAUAGAUAGGUUGUAUAGAACUAUUCCAUUUUCGGACACCACCGCCCCCUAAUCUCAUCCCAAGUCGAGGCAACGUCCCCAGCU